GAAGGGACGCAGGAGAGAGCGGGGGGAUGACAAAACUAAAAAAUAAUAAUAAUAACAACCAUGACUCCUUUAAUUAACACUGUCUCCGUACAUCAUAACGGCUCCUCAGUUUACCUACACAGGGCGCUGCAAUAAAUGACGGUCCGCCCCGUUAAGGGCGCUCUGGCUUGAGAGAGAUGUCAUCUCCAGGCAUGGGGACCCCCAGUGACCCCCUCCUGCCCAGCCCAGGAGGAGGGUUAUCCACAGCUCAGGAAGGUCUCUGGAGGAGCUCACUACCCAAAACUGCCAGCUUCCCAACAUCCACCACUCGGCACCUCAGUCACAGAGCCAACAAUUUCCAAAGACAACCGAAGCGUAGAAAGCUGAUACGACCUUCACCUCCUCCCCCUCCCAAUACACCCUGCCCCCUGGACCAGCUGGAUCUUAGUGAGCUUCCCCCAAGACGCACCUUUCAAGAGCUGCUCUGCAACGGCUGCAUCCUGUUUGGUAUUGAAUUUAGCUAUGCCAUGGAAACGGCUUAUGUGACUCCUGUGCUCUUACAGAUGGGCCUGCCUGACCAAUUCUACAGCUUGGUGUGGUUUAUUAGUCCCAUUCUUGGAUUCCUCGUUCAGCCGCUCAUAGGAGCAUGGAGUGAUCGUUGCACAUCCCGGUUUGGGCGGAGGAGACCCUUUAUUUUGGCUUUGGCUGUAGGGGCAUUGGUUGGUCUAAGCCUGGUGCUGAACGGACGAGACAUUGGAGUAAGCUUGGCUGACACAGCAUCCAAUCACAAGUGGGGGAUCAUACUAACAGUGUGUGGAGUGGUUCUAAUGGACUUCAGUGCGGAUUCUGCCGACAAUCCGAGCCAUGCCUACAUGAUGGAUGUGUGUAGCCCGGAGGACCAGGAUCGGGGCCUAAACAUUCAUGCAUUAUUAGCCGGACUAGGAGGAGGAUUUGGCUACAUCGUAGGUGGCAUCAACUGGGACCAGACGCAGUUUGGAAGAUCAAUGGGAGGGCAGCUGCGGGUCAUAUACUUGUUCACGAGUAUCACCUUGGUGCUUGCCACAGCCAUGACUCUGAUAAGUAUCCCUGAGAGGCCCUUACCCAAGAGCCAAGCAAACAAAACCUCUGGUAAAAACCAUCUGAAAAGUCCCAGCCUCCCUCUACCUCCAUCUCCUCCCAUUCCCCCUGGAGCGGCUCUAGGACUGGUUGAGGAAGAUGAGGAUGGUCUUUACAACUACAGUUCUUCAAAGUUUCAUCCAGGCAAUCCUGACCCUUUGGCCCAUUCCUGCAGUGCUAAUGCUCGCCUUUGUACUAGCCCCAUAUCAUCCCCGAGCCCACUCACUCCAAAAUAUGGCAGCUUUAUAAGCAGAGACAGUUCAAUCACUAGCAUCAAUGAGUUUGCCUCCUCAUUCGGAACCUCCUACAUAGACAGUGUGCUCAUAGACUGCCACACAGGUCAGCAGACUCCUCAGAGCCUGGCUCCCUUCUCUACCACUUUGCCUCUUCCUCCAGGGGACACCCCCCCUCCAGAUGAGUCCACACAGAUGGCAGGGAGCCACGCAGCAGGACACACUCCAGCGGAUGUGGUGUCUCAUCCAGUCGGGGGUGCUCAGGACGUGGAAGAGGCUCAACCUGCGGCAGAAUCGCAAUCCCACUGUGCACCCCAGGUCACAGCUGGGGCUCAUCCGGGUGCAGGCUUACAUCGGGGUUCCAGUGCUGGCAUCUUGAAGCGACCUCAGAGUCUUGCACUAAUUCCAGAGCCUAUGGCAACCCAGAUUGUUGGGCUGGAGAAUGGACGAAGGAGAACAGUGACUUUCAGCCAACAGGUUGCAAACAUUUUGCUGAAUGGAGUGCGGUACGAGAGUGAUCUGAGUGAGAAUGCGGAAACAGGAGAAUCCCAAAUGUCAAUGAAGCUGCUGUGUAUAGCCAUCUACAGGAUGCCUCCUUCUCUGCGGAGUUUAUGCACUAAUCAUUUUUUGGGCUGGUUGUCCUUUGAAGGCAUGCUGCUCUUCUACACCGACUUCAUGGGAGAAGUUGUGUUUGAAGGAGACCCCAAAGCCCCCCACGACUCUGAGGCUUAUCAGCGCUACAAUGCUGGGGUCAGCAUGGGCUGCUGGGGCAUGUGUAUCUAUGCAUUUAGUGCUGCGUUCUACUCAGCCAUACUGGAGAAACUAGAGGAGCGUUUCUCUCUUCGCACUCUAUACUUUUUUGCCUACCUGGCAUUUGGUCUGGGGACAGGCCUGGCGACGCUGUCCACCAAUCUCUACGUGGUCCUUUCUCUCUGUGUCACCUACGGAGUGCUGUUCUCCUCGUUAUGUACGCUGCCUUACUCUCUGCUGUGUGAAUACUACCAGAGCCCGCAGUUUUGUGGCUCGUCGGAGGAGGGGACCAGACGAGGGAUGGGGGUGGACAUUUCUCUACUCAGCUGCCAGUAUUUCCUGGCUCAGAUCCUGGUCUCAGUGGCGAUGGGACCUCUGACCUCACUGGUGGGCGGGGCUCAGGGAGUGAUGUACUUUUCAAGCCUGAUGUCAUUCGUGGGCUGUGUGUACUCCUCUCUCUGCGUGGUGUACCAGCUGCCCCCCCCUGAGGGUGAGCCCCCUGAAAGCGAGACCCAGCCACUAUUGGUGCACAUUUAGCAAAAAAAAUACUUUCCUUCGCUUUACCUCAGACACACACACAGUGAACAACCCACACUCCCACGCUGUUACUUAGCGCCUGAGUGUGUUGACCUUUAUUACACUGAUAGUGACAGAUACACGGCACAUCCUGCUGCGCACUUUCACACACAGUUUCACUAGCUGUCUUACACUAAUCAGCACUGUUCUUCUCAGAGCUAGACAAACAGACAGACAGACAGACAUUGGCCGCCGCCGCUUUGUGUAUAAAUAACCAGUGUGUUUCCAUGAAUUGUUCCCUAAGUUUUGCAAAUGAAUGUAUGACCUUUAUCUGAAUGUGUGUCUGGGUGUGUGUGCGGUUGAGAUACCCUGAGUGAGUUGCCUAUUUAUGGACAAACUUACCUCUUUUUUUUUUUUUUUUUGGUAAUGCUUGUUUUUUCGCUGUUUGUGAUAGAUAUGCUGAUCACUAUGUAUGAGCUAACUGCAGUUUUCCCCCUCUUUCCUUUCUUUAAUCCGUUUUCUCUUGGAUGCAUGAGCUGCAGUGUAAUUCUGUCAAAGCAACGUGAUUUUUGUUUUGGUCAUAAGGCCAAAAGAAUGUCUACCUGCCUGUUUCUCUGAGUCACACACAUAUGAUUGCUUCACACUUUAUGCUAAGAUUUUCCGACUAGAUGAAUGAGCUGGCAGGGACUUUUCACACUUUGUUAAUUUUUUUUUUUUUUUGAUACUUCAAGACUCUUCGGCAUAAUUUGCCAAAUUUAUAUCUAACCUUGCCCUAGUUCAAAGUGCUGUUGUAUUGCACACUUUGUAGCUGCAAAUACAAACAACAAUUUGUACUCAACCUAAUCAGUGUGAGACUUAAUUAGUGUGCGACCCCUAAAGUUUUUGAGUUUUCCAGCUGGAUACUUUUAAUGCAGUCCGACGACAUGUGCAUACAUUAAUAGCAGCUAGGUAAUUAAUCAUCAUAGCGCCAUGACUGACGAGAUGAAAAAUGAAACAUGCAGAAACGUGUACGCAUGCUUAAAAGAAAACGGAGAAACGUGUACCGGUGACAAAUUCUGCCCCGGCUAUCACUGAGCAACGUGCAGCCCUGUGAGCCGUCAGCCUAGUCCCGGCAUUUCCAUUGUAAUGACAGUGAUUCUUGUCAUUGUCAGGAAGAGGAGAAGUUGAAACUGGGGUGUGAAUCUGCAUUCAGUCGGAAACCGAACAAAUAAGAAGAACAGCAGAGAGAAGACUCUGAACUGUGGGUAAUCCUGAAGAUGGACAACAUUAAGGCAAAAAAAAAAAAAAGACUUUGGGGAUUCACAGAGCCAGCAGCAGGUGCUUCUCGUCAUCAUUAGGGCGCAUGUUUAAGAUAGUAGGCUUCUGCUUCACCAUGCUCAGUCCAUCAUCUCAUUAUGGUAAUGACCUCAUUGUUGUCAGCAAAGGUCUUUACUGGAAGAUACUUUCAUCCUGGAGAGGCCAUCCUCAUGACAAAAGUGGCACGUAUAUAAUUUUAUUUUUUAUUUUUAAACAUCUGCCACGCCAUGGCAAAUGUUCAGCCUCAUCACAGGCACUAAACUUGACUUCAGGGUUCUGACAUAAACAUCAGUAUUGGAAGUCUUUCAUUGCACCGGUUCCAUUGAGCAGUCCGACAUACUGCUCCCUCUGGAGAAUGUUACAUGCCUACUAUCGAUGCCUCCUGGACUGACUGGAUGCACACCAUUCUAAUGUUUCUUAGGAAACAACUAUGGAUCAUGCUCCUGCAGCUUGCUUAAAU